AUGGAUAAUUACCAGAAGCUAGAAAAGGUCGGCGAGGGUACCUACGGUGUCGUAUACAAGGCGCGCGACCUGGCCAACGGCGGGCGCAUCGUCGCGCUCAAAAAGAUUCGUCUCGAGGCCGAGGACGAGGGCGUGCCGAGCACGGCCAUCCGCGAGAUCUCGCUGCUCAAGGAGAUGAAGGACCCCAACAUUGUGCGGCUGUUCAACAUUGUGCACGCCGACGGGCACAAGCUGUACCUCGUCUUCGAGUUCCUCGACCUCGACCUCAAAAAGUACAUGGAGUCGCUGCCCGUCAGCGACGGCGGCCGCGGCAAGGCCCUCCCCGAGGGCUCCUCGCCGCACCUCGCCCGCCUCGGCAUGGGCGACGUCGUCAUCAAGCGCUUCAUGCGCCAGCUCUGCGACGGCAUCCGCUACUGCCACUCCCACCGCGUCCUCCACCGCGACCUCAAGCCCCAGAACCUCCUCAUCGACCGCGACGGCAACCUCAAGCUCGCCGACUUUGGCCUCGCCCGCGCCUUUGGCGUCCCCCUCCGCACCUACACCCACGAGGUCGUCACCCUCUGGUACCGCGCACCCGAGAUCCUCCUCGGCGGCCGCCAGUACUCCACCGGCGUCGACAUGUGGUCCGUCGGCUGCAUCUUUGCCGAAAUGUGCACCCGAAAGCCCCUCUUCCCCGGCGACUCGGAAAUUGACGAGAUUUUCAAGAUUUUCCGUUCCCUCGGAACACCCUCGGAAGACGUCUGGCCCGGCGUCACCUCGUACCCCGACUUCAAGUCGUCCUUUCCCAAGUGGAAGCGGGACUUUUCCGCCGCCCUCUGCCACAAUCUCGACGACGCGGGUCUCGACCUGCUCGAGGCCAUGCUCGUAUACGAUCCCGCCGGCCGCAUCUCCGCCAAGGCCGCCGUUAACCACCCGUACUUUGAGGAGUACCCCGAUGAGCCCACGACUGCGGGCCGCGGCUCCGGCUACUACAACUAG